AUAUUCGAAAGAUGGCGGUGAUCAAGGAAAAAGAUGGGAGACCAGGGAAACCGCCAGGAAAGGAAUCUCAACCUUUGAUUAUAGCCAAAACUCCAGCAGAGGAGCAACGCCUGAAGUUGGAGAGAUUGAUGAGAAACCCUGAUAAACCUGCACCUAUCCCAGACCGACCGAAAGAAUGGAACCCCCGGGCUCCUCCGGAGUUUGUGCGGGAUGUGAUGGGCUCCAGUGCAGGAGCUGGAAGUGGAGAAUUCCAUGUGUACAGACACCUUCGCAGGCGAGAGUAUCAGAGACAGGACUUUCUGGACAAGACGACUGAGAAGCAAAAGAUGGAUUUGGACUAUCUUGACAAGGUGUCAGAUAACCAACAGGCAGCUGAUGAAAGAACAGCCAAACGCAGGAAGAAAAGGGAAAAGCUGAAGCAGAAGAAGCUUAUGGCAAAAAAAAGCAAGCAGGAUGCCAACAAAGGUGAAGAUUCUGAGAAGUCCUCCUCCAGCAGUGAAGAGGACGACCAGGAGAGGGAGGCUGAGGAUGAUGCAGAGGCGCCCAGUUUCGUCAUGGGGAAGAGAUGAAUGCAUGGCUCCGGGUCAUGAGACAUGCUCCAAGAUGAAAUUGAACGGUGGGACAACAUCUAAUACCAGUUCAGAAGUCAAGACAGCCGAGCAACACAGCCUAGCUUUGAUCAAUGUCAGGGAUUCGAGACAUUAUCUGAGAGCGAACCAAGGGAGAUAAGCCUCUGUUAGGUAACUGCUAUUCUUCCCAACUUGUGGUUGUAGCUAGAUUCUUUGAAUUGAGGUUGACAAAGCUGGGUUGUAUUCAAUAGGCACCAAAUGGUCUGUAACGGGGAGGGACUACCUGAACUUGAAAUAAAACGUGCUAAUUUUUGUUUUUCGUUGCAAAAACCUUUUGCUACAGUGUGCCCUGAUGAAUAUGAUGAUUAAGGUGUUAAUUUCAUGCAUGUCUCUACUUUGAAACAGUUUCUUGUGUGAUAGUGUCAUUUCUCACAUUUUUAUUUUAUACUAUGCUUGUGUAUAUAUUUUUCAUAAACAUCUGGGAGG